GCCCUUCCCCUUUGUCUUCCGGGGUGGAGUGAAUUGAGCAAAAUGAACAGCGACUGGUGGGGAGAAAUUAGUAUCUAAGUUGUGGAAAAAGGGAGUGGAGAUGAUCGGGGUGACUGCUAACAGUCUGCUGUAGGACUUUAUUUCCAUCAGAUAGGACCUGGUGUGUGUGGCAUGUUUCCCACCUAUUUCUGUGAUUAUUUACGUUAUCAUAAUUAAUCUUGCGAGUGCAGAAUGACGGUUUGGAUGGAAUAGUGCAAACUGAACUGAGAGACAGCUUGGUCCUUGAAAGAACUUAUCUGAUGGUUGAAGAGAGAAAUUGAAUUCCACACACUGGUAUUGUCUUUCCAUCUCUGAGUCAUCUGAAAUCAACGACCCCACAUCAGCUGACCACCAUGAAUGCCUCAGCCCUGCCACUCGCCAACAACACCCCACUGUGCUACUCUAUCAACAGCACUCCAUUCAAGUACCACCCCACCAUCGCCUCUGCCUAUUUCUCAUCCAUCUUUGCCACUUUGGGUCUUACCUCCAAUCUCAUCGCCUUUGUGGUUCUCAUCAAGUCCUUCCAGCGGUCACAUAGCCGCUCACGUGCCUUCCUGAUCUUCCUGGGUGGCCUGGUGGUCACUGACUUCAUGGGUCUUCUGGUCACAGGCUCCAUCGUGAUCUCCUUCCAUGUUACGCAUUUUAAUUGGCGCCUGUUAGAUCCGACCUGCCACUUCUGCAACUUCAUGGGCAUGUCCAUGGUCUUCUAUGGACUGUGCCCACUGCUGCUUGGUGCUGCCAUGGCUGUGGAGCGCUUCAUUGGCAUCAACUGUCCAUUUGCACGCUCCACCAGCAUGUCCAAGAGACGCACAGUCUCCAUGGUGCUGAUGGUGUGGUUGAUUGCAGGCUGCAUAGCUUUGCUUCCCCUAACAGGUGUUGGAAGCUACCACAUACAGAUGCCCGGCUCCUGGUGUUUUUUUAACAUCAGCUCUAAGGGAAAUGACCUGGCCUUCUCCCUGCUCUUUUCUCUGGUUGGGUUGAUGUGCAUCACUGCGUCAUUUUUGCUGAACACAGUGAGCAUCGUGACCUUGAUCAAGGUGUGCUGCGGACAGGACAGGAACCAGCGUCGCAGAGACCACGAAAUAGAGAUGAUGGUUCAGCUCAUCCUCAUCAUGGUCAUCGCUUCUACCUGCUGGUGCCCCCUCCUGGUCUUUAUUGCACAAACUGUGCUUUCCGGAGGUCCUCUCCAAGUGAAAUACCUACUUAUAUGGAUACGCUUUGCCACCUGGAACCAGAUCCUGGAUCCAUGGGUAUACAUCUUGUUCCGCAGGGCAGUUCUUAAGAGAAUCUACCCCAGCGGCAACUGGUCAAGGGGCUCCAUCAGGGACACAGUCCGCAGGUUCACACACUCUUCAAUUGCGAGCACCCUGGGCUCUUAUGGAGCAGAAGAAACGGGGAAAUGAAAUGUAAUAGACACAUCUACAUUUAAGCCACCACCUCCUUCUCCACGAUUGGUUGGAUUUUAGUUGUUGUCGCAGCUGAUGAGUUUUCAUGUGAACUGUGAUAUGAAGCAGGAUUGCAUCUGAAAGGAGUGAGUCUUGUUAUUUUAUUGCAUACCAUUGAAAUGUUUAACAGUAUUCGCAAUGACACUUUACUUUAGAGCAAAGUAUAAAGAGAGAGCAGAUUCUGAUUGGACACUUAACCUACUAGGGAUCAAACCUGUAAUGGAUAAAGUACAGUCUCUUUAAGUUAGAAAUCCCUAAAUGCUAAAUAAAAACAAUGCUAGACAUUAGCUGUUCAGUAUUACUGAUAUAAAGAUCUGAGAAAGUGUAAUUGUUGUCAAAUGAAAAUUUAAGUUGCCUACUAUCUUAGACAGUGUUGUAGCAGUAUAUUAUAUUACUAUAGAAAUGUGUUACUUGUUAUGGAAUGUUACCACUUUACUGAUUACUCACUGCAUCUCUGGUGUGGUUAGGCUCUCUUAAUUUUUAAACUCUCCCAUCUUAAACUGUCAGAUCACCCAAAUCCAAAAACAAAUAUUUUCUCACCUAUCGCUAUUGGUGUCAUGAAAAUAGUUUUGGCAGGUUUUGAGAUAUCAUAACAUUGAUAUCAUUGAAGGUGAAAGGAAAUGAAUUUGUGCUGCUCAAACUGAUGGAAAAUUAUGUUUAAAACAUUCAACUGAAACAUGUCUUUAAGUAAGAAAAAGUUUAAGUGCAGAAGGUUAAGUGCGGGUAAGUAAGGGUAAGUGGGAAAAUACAUAUUAUGUAAUUUGGGUGAAUUGAUACUUUUAAAAAAACAGGCUUACUUAGUUGUUUUACUUGUCUUUGAAUCAAGUGAAUGACUGGGGAAGCCAAACAAUAUUGAAGUCCAAUAUUUCCAUCUGGAGAAGGUAUUUUCUUAUCUGAACUAGCAUAUGUGUGCCUACCUCGGUUUAAGAUUUGUAGAAUAUUACCUGUGCAAAUAUUUCUUAGACCCAGAGUUGCUCAGGAAGUAGGAACAUUCAAAACAAUGAAUGGUUUUCAGGGAAAAAUUGGAAUAAAAAUCAGCUUUGCUAACCAGCACAGACCAAUACAGAAUCUUAGUAUGGGUUCAUAAUAUCGGAUUCCCCCUCUCUCACCUCCUGCCUUUCCUCUGAUAUUUAGAUAGAUAUUUAACUAAAACUUCAAGUUGCUGUCAACUGAGAAGGUGUUUAUGACAACAGUGAACAGGGAGUGGGGGAUGAUUUAGUUGUUGGAUAAUUCAAAUUCAGUUUGAUAAUUUGGGCAGUGUAAUGACAAACAUUGUAACUAGUAUUGUAUAAUAUUAUAAUUGUAUUAUAAUAUAUAAUAUAAUGACACUGAAACUGUGAUAUUGCUCUACUUGAUUACUCAGUCACCCAGCUAUUCACACUGAUCUUGCACACUGUUUGUUUUGAACAUUGUAUUAUCAGUCAAGGUCACUCAAUUACAAAACAAAUCACUGAACCAAUCACUGAUAAUGGCUUAGAUGUGUCUUGCUUUAACUCCUUAGCAGUAUCAUCCAGUGAAAAUGAAAUGUAAAUGUUCAAUGUUCUUGACAGAAAUGGCAUGUGAUUGUGUAUAUAAAUAAAGGAUUAGUAAAAUGCAGAAAAUCAA